AUGAACCGGGAGAAUCCACCGCCACAAACGGUCCGGGAAAGGGCAGACAUCCUGGUGGACAUCGCCAAACUGUACUGGAGGAGCACGCCCGCGCUGGGAGCGAAGCGCCCUCUGCUGGGCUCAGUCCUUCUUUGCUCUGACAACGUGGCGCUCGCGGCCUGUCUUACAUUACACCGCUGCUAUUGGAAAUCAAGAAAACACAAUCUGAAGAUGGUGAAGAUGUUGGGGUCCUGGUCCCUCCUGUGGGCUCUGCUGUGGGCUCUGGUGUGUCUGUGUGGGGCUGUCCCGGCUCAGGAGAAGCGGGUCCACCACAAGCCUGAGCUCAGCGACCACGUGCACGACGACGCCCACAGCUUCCAGUACGACCACGAGGCCUUCCUGGGCAAAGAGGAGGCAAAGACCUUCGACCAGCUCAGCCCCGAGGAGAGCAAGGAGCGCCUGGCGAAGAUCGUGGAGCGCAUCGACACCAACAAAGACGGCUUCAUCGAGCACGGCGAGCUGCACCAGUGGAUCAAGCACCGGCAGAGGAGCUACAUCCAGGAGAACGUGGACAAGAACUGGAGCGACUACGACAAGAACAAGGACGACAAGAUCUCAUGGGAGGAGUACAAGAACACCACCUACGGCUACUACCUGGGAGAGGAGUUUGACGAUGUGGAGGACAAGAGCACGUACAAGAGCAUGCUGACCCGGGACGAAAGGCGCUUCAAGAACGCAGACCGUGACCACGACGGCAUCGCCACCCGGGACGAGUUCACCGCCUUCCUGCACCCGGAGGAGUACGACUACAUGAAGGACGUGGUGGUCCAGGAAACAAUGGAGGAUAUCGACAAGAACGGGGACGGCAAAGUGGACAUCCAGGAGUACAUCGGCGACAUGUACUCUGACGAGGAACAAGAGGGAGAGCCCGACUGGAUCCAGACCGAGCGGAAGCACUUCAAGGACUUCAGAGAUGUCAACAAGGAUGGAUUCCUGGAUGCAGAGGAGGUGGCUCAGUGGGUGUUACCAGGAGAAGUGGACCACGCCGACAACGAAGCCAAACAUCUGAUCCACGACACGGACACGAACAAGGACGAGAAGAUCACGAAGGAGGAGAUCCUGGCCAACUGGAACAUGUUUGUGGGCAGCCAGGCCACCAACUACGGGGAGGACCUGACCAAGAGCCACGACGAGCUCUGA